AUGGCGCCAGAAACUCCGAAAGGGGUCUCUUCGAGACUUCUGACUAUGAAGUUCAUGCAGAGGGCGGCAGCCUCUGCGUCGUCGGCUGGGUCACCAGACUCUGAGGCACCAUCCUCCAAGAAGCGGAAGCUCGAACACUCUCCGGCCCAGGGCCGCAUCAACACCAACAUCGACCAGGCUCUCAUCCAGGCCGCUCUCGACCAGGAGGAAGCCACCCGCCAAGCAGCGCUCGAGAAGCACUCGACCGCCGACACCCACUGGGUAUUGGACAACCAGUGGGGCAAAGCGAAACCGACACGACCCGCCAGCAAUCCGCUUAAUGUGGUGUACGUGGGCUACGGUGACUUCGAUUCGGCGGACGAGUCGGGCGACAACGAAGACGCUGCGGUCAAGGGUCGGACAUCGACGAAGCCGCCGCCCAAGGCCACCAAGAAGGGAGCAACCAAGGACGGAGCUGAAUCUGACAGCGACAAGGAUAGCUCUGACGAGCAGUCCUCAAGCGACGACGAAGAACCCAAACGCAAGCGGAGGAAUGGCCACUCAAGCGACAACACGCCUACAUCACGGGACCGGUCUCGCUCCCAGUCGCGCUCGAGGCCCAACGCUGAGGGUAUCAAGGCUAAAGAGUUCCGAGACAAGCGGAAGAAGAAGGAGGUCCGGCUGAACCAACUGACCUCCAUCUCUGGAGGCGGAGGUGCAACGAGCAGCAACAGGUCCAUGAAAUGCUACACGUGCCAACAGGAGAACGCAGCAGGCAAGCAAAUUGCCGAUGCCCUUGCGAACCACGAGCUCCUAGACCCCAGUCUCCUAGCACAAACGCGACCUGGCGACACUGCGAGGAUGCUGGUGUCCCAGAUCAAGUCAUGGCUAUUAUUACUCCUAGUAGCCGCGUUUGGCUCGCACGCAACUGGCAGAGAGAUGCAACUUGACCAGGCGGCAUCUCGGGACACCAGCGUCCCGCGCCGGGGUCGCGAUGUUGUCAUAACGAGGCACCGUGGCUCUCAGGAGAAGCAUAGCAUGGUGCAGCAACUCUGCUAUAUACCGGCAACGCGAUGCAACCGCUGA